AUGCCAUCGCCCACUGGAAAAACUGGAUCGGUUCGUUCCGGUCUUCGUCGUCGAGUACAGACAUCGUCACAUCCUCCGAAUGACGACCGAACACAAGGAACCUGCUCGUAUUACCCAGCGGAUAUAGGAGGCUGUCGAGCACCUCGUACUUGUUACGACUGCCUCAACUCUGAGCUCAACAAGGAACCGGACGGCUGCAUGAUCAACGAGGUAGGACGAUGUGUCUCCAUUGUAGGCAACUACGACGUCUCGGUAGAUUUCCGAGUGGUGUCAUCUCCAAUGGAUAACAAGGAAUCUAGCAAUGGUAGAAGCUCUAGCAACAGUCAGAAAGCGACGCAACCACCGCGCAAUCUGAUAGAUAUCCACAUCGACUCGCUAACGGAGGCUUCGUCUACGGGACUGAGCGCUGCGUGUUUGUCCAAGUAUGCGAAUUACCGAGCUGGAUAUACGUCGUCGGUGGCAGUGAUUGUUCCGGGUUGA